AAACAGCUUAAUCACCUACAAAUCAAUGUGUAUAAUGUGACAUGCACGUUAUAACAUAGGGAAACUUUUUAUUGAGCACGGAUAAAAGACGAAAAAUACUCGGAGAAAAAAGUCAAACUUUUUAUGAUAAAUUUGUGAACUUUAUUGACUUUUGUUCCGAAAAAUGGAUGAAUCUCAAGCAGCAGAUCUGGAGGAGAAUGUGAACACUUCUACCAACAGUGAGACCACAUUUGACCAGUUAUCAGAUUUUGAUGAAGCUAUCAAACAAGAUGUUGACUUCCCAUGCAACGAUAACUGGCAUUUGGAGCUUGAAGAAAUGUUAAAUGAAGGUUUUGUCGACCAGGGAAUUAUUAAAAGUGUCUGCAAGUGCAGAUGCUUGCCAGACAAAUUCAGAACACAGGUUUGGAAAGUUUGCUUGAAUGUCGCAAAUCGUGGAAAUGCUAUGGCUUCGUGGGACAAAAAGCUUGAUUUACCCGAACAGGAUAUUAUUCGUAAAGAUUGUGGUGUGUUGGUGGAAUCUGUGACGGAUGAAAGUGACCCAGAGUUAACCUCAUCGUUGAAUAGUGAAAGUAUGAUUGAAGACUGCAUCGCUGUCCUUACAUUCUAUAGUAAGUGUCGGGCAGUGAAGUAUCAUACUGACAAUGGUUGGACCAGUGUGCUUCGGCCGUUACUCGGGCUCAAUUUAGAUUUAGGAGACUUGUACAACUGUUUCUACGCUCUGCAAUCGCGUUAUGUCCCACGCAGCGAUUUAUCAUCCAGUGUCACUGCAGCUCCUUUUCAUUUACUCCGACUUUUGCUUCUCUACCAUGACCCAGAGUUGUGCAAUUUCAUUGACACUUGCCAGAUAUCGACACAAAGUUUUACGAGCGACUGGUUCUGUGCUCUCUUCUCCUCACAUUGCUCUCCCUCCGUAACUUGUGGACUAUGGGACGUCUAUCUGCAGAGAUCGGACCCAUUUUUUGUUUUCUUUUUGGCUCUUGUGAUUCUUGUUAACACCAAAGAACAGAUCAUGGCAAAUUCAGGCCAACAAGCAGAUCGUGCUGAGACGAUAAAAUGUUUGUCUCAAGCCCCCUCAGUUUUAACACUAGAAGACGUCGAUGAUUUUUGCCAACUUGCUUCUUACUACAGUGACAAAACACCAUCCUCAUUUAGAAGGGACUUGGGGGCUUGUUUUUACAGUGGGGCUAUGAUAUCCAGCACUUCAAAAGUGGAUUCUAUAUCAACUGACCUUGCCCAAUCAUUUUGUCUAAAGGUUUCAAUCCCUGAACUUCUCCUUUCAAGCCAACCAUCAUAUGUUGGGGAUGAUGAGGAAAAAACUCAACAAAUUCGAUAUUUUGUUGUUGACUGUAGACCAGCAGAAGAAUACAACAAAGGUCAUCUUCUGACCGCAUUUCACUUGGAUGCCACACUAAUGCUCAAGGAACCAUCGGAAUUCGAUGCAGCUCUCACCUCGUUAUUCGCAGCCCAGGAUCAAGCUAUACAAGCUGGGUCAGCAGCAGGAGGGGAACAUCUAUGUUUUUUAGGCAGUGGUUGUGAUGAAGAUGAUCAAUAUAUGAACAUGGUCAUCGCUCAUCUGCUGCAGAAGCGACAAACCUACAUUAGUGUUGCACGAGGGGGUUUCAAUUCAUUGUUGGAAUAUUUAAAUGAGGUUGGGAUCGACCUUAGCGAAUGGGUUGUUGGUGCCGAACGUGCAACACCUGCACAGUCAAAAUCCACAGAUGCUGCAAACAAUGGAGAUCCAAGUAAUCGGUCAAAGAUGCAAUUCCUUAUGAAGAAAAUGGCUGGAAAUUUAAUGGAGAAAUCCAUAAUUAUUAAAGAUAAAGUUACAAGGUUUAUUGAGAACACAGAAGAAGAAUGGACUGGACCAGAAAGACAUAUUCAACAGAAUGACCGAAGCAAGCCAUACAGAGGAACUGAGUCAGUGUUUAGCAUUGGGGACGACAAUGAAAAUGAUGAGGGGGGUGCUCAGGACUCGGCUCCUGGACCUUCAGAGGAGCACCAUGUGGAGAUUGAGGAGCUGAGUGUGUGGAAGACACGACCUGAUGUCAAACACUGUUUCGAGUGUCAAGCUGUAACACUGGAUGGUAAUUUGCUUCCCGCGCAUCUCGUCGUAACGUCCGAUCAGAUGAUUUGUUUGAUUGAAGUAAAGCCAAAAAGAGGACGGAAGAAACCAAAACUAACGUAUGUGAAGGCAAGACCACCGCGAUCGCUUGCAGCUGUCGUGAAGAUCACUUCCCGAAGAUCCUUUCCGGAGCUGAUUACGUUUAAAUUUGGGGAGAUUAUUUCUCCAGCAGAAAAGGAAGAAGAGGUUGAGAUUGUGGCUGCGGAUCGAUAUAUUCUUCCGGAGGCGGGAACUGCUACAAAGUCCAUCAAACAUCUCAUUAUUGAAGCAGAAAAGAAAAAGGCUGAGCAGCAAAAAGAUGAUGAAGCAAUUUCUCAUGAUGACUAAGCAAUUUUAGUUUAAAUAUUAUUGAAAAAAAAAUAAUUUUACACCUAUCUAUAUAUUUUUCCAAAUAUUGUAGCCAACAGCUUUGCUUGCUUAGAAUUCUAAAUUUAAUUGGAAUUAGGAUUUUCCUGUCUAAGCCUAACAUUUAAAAUUGUUUUCCUUUAUAAGUCAUAUGCUCCUAAUAUUUUUAUAAUAGCCAACAUUUUUGCUUGUGUAGAAUUUCAAAUUUCUUUAAACUUGGAAUUCUUCCGACUUAGCCUAACACUAAACACCAAGUGUUAUUGCACAGGUACAGUGUAAAUAUUUUGGUACUUGCUUUUUAAUGAUGACAGACUAUGGUGCUAAUGUAAGUAAGUGCAAUGACAGUUUUAUGUACCGAUGUACAUAUAUUAAUUUAAUGUACAGAACAUAUCAUUUUAUUCAGACCCACAUAUAACAGCCGCCCAGUCUAUAAGAUUAAAAUAUCUGUUCACAUACAACUGUUAUUUUAACAUUUUUUCAAUUGCAUUUUUUUUUUAAUCAGACCGAAAAUCCUGAAAUGAUAAAAUGAUAUCAAGAACCGAUUUUUAAAUAUUUGUAUUUUCGGUCAAGUUAAAUUGGAAAACAUCUUAUUGUUUUAUUUAAAAUGCUGUAAUUAAAAUAUUUUAAUUUUAAUUAUACAUCAAAUUUUGUAGUAUUGUAUGAAAUAUAAUAUAUUACUUGCACAAAUCAUUUUAAAAUUAACAAAAUCAAAAUGUUAUUAUGAUUUAUCGAAUUUGUACCCAAACCACCAUUUUCCACUUUAAACUAUAUUAUUGUUGGAUUUAGUUUUGAAUGUUCGAUGCAGACAAAUUUGGUCACUGCAAGCAUUGAAUUUUAAAGCUGGUAGUGUAAACGACAACCAUUAUUUGCAAUAGGUAUAAAAAUUUAGAGAGAAAUUCUCUUUUCUGCUUGCAUCCAUCGUUAUGUCACAAACACAGAGACGAUAAUUGCUGGUUAUACUUUCUGCAUAGUGCAUACCAUAAAAGUUUUUCACUUGAUCGUUAUUUAGCUAAUCCAUGAUCAAGCAGAAACUUAAAUAUACUCUCUGCAU